AUGGCAAUGAAGGGCAUCAGCCUAGGCCUGCACCGCAUAUCCAGGGCUCUCGAAGGCGUCCCGCAGAAGUGGGAUGCCAUCCACGUUGCCGGGACCAACGGCAAGGGCACCACCUGCACGUACCUUGCGGCCCUCUGCCGGUCCUUCGGCAUAUCCAACGGCCUUUUCACCUCACCUUACCUUGUCGAGCCGCGCGACGCCAUCAAGAUCAAUGGCGUCCCUGUCCAGCAAGACAUCUACAACGACGUCCGACGUAAGAUCCUGGACGACGAGCAGGCCCGUUUAUCACAAGAUGCAUCGCAGGAAGCCCUAACCAUCUUCGAGGUGACGACCCUCAUCGCCUUUGGCGUUUUUGGCCGCGCCGACGUGCAGAUGGGUCUCGUCGAGGUCGGCCUUGGCGGGCGACUCGACUCAACAAACGCCCUCAAGCGGAAGAAGGUCACCGUCAUCACCAAGAUCGGCCUCGACCACCAGGCCUUCCUCGGCAACACCCUACCCGAGAUCGCCAAGGAGAAGGCCGGCAUUAUGAUGGCCGGUGUCCCGUGCGUCGUCGACGGUAGCAACCCGCCCGAAGUCCUCGAGGUCUUCCGGCAGCACGCGGCAAGUGUCUCGGCACCGCUGCACCUCACCACAAAUCAGACCGGCCUGCUGGAGACCCUGUAUCGAUCCGAAUUAAUGCCUCACCAGGCCCAGAAUAUGGCAUGCGCCAUCACAGCUUUUCAGCUUGCUUACCCGCAUCUGGACCUCUCCGUCGAGAAGGCAUUGCCGAUCUUGAAGGACAUCACACAUCUGGGCAGGCUGUCCUGGUUGGAACUCGGCGAGAAGUAUCCGUCACGAAAAGGGAACCCCAUUCUCAUUGACGGGGCUCAUAACCCGCAGUCGGCCGAGACUCUGUCCACGUACGUCGAGCGACGCCUGCGGGAUGCAGACAAACCCGUUACGUGGAUCGUAUCGGUCUCUAAACAGGACGGAAAGGACGCUGGAGGCAUGCUCCGCACCUUGCUGAGGCCCGGCGACAGUGUCGCUUGCGUACCUUUCUCCAAACGAGAGACCAUGCCCUGGGUUGAACCCUUGCCGCUGGACACCUUAAGGGAAAUGGCAUCAAAUGCAGGCGCGAAGGAGAUUUUCAUGGGUGAGGGAGGCCUUGAGGCGGCCACUCAAUGGGCUGUCGAUACUGCGAGAGACGGACCUGUUGUUUUGACUGGGAGCCUUUAUCUGGUUGGAGAUGCCUACAGAAUUCUGUCAUGA